CUACAAACUUACGCGUUAUUAUAACUCAAUUGAUUCGAUCUAUCAAGGCCUCUAACUUUAAUAUACCUACCUCGUUCAUACCUCGCGAUAAAUUCGAUUUGGUACCGGGGAAAAAUGACAUCCCGCUUCGUCUCUGGCGGUAUAAUCCCCGGUGACGGCCAGACCAUUCUUAAACCCGAUGCUCAGGAUUCGAUACCCCUGACUGCGACAGCGGCAACAUUAGCGAAGCCUGUAGCGAAAACUGAAACUACGCAAUGGGGUAGGGAAAGUGAGAAGGAGCCGGAGAAGAAGAAUAUAGAGUGGGAGGCCGUGCAGCGCGAUCUAGACGCGGAUCGCAAGCGUCGCGAGGAAGCGCGACGCGCGCAGGUCGAGGGCGGCGCGGGGGGCGAACGGAGUCUGUUUGAUGUUUUGCAGGCUAAUAAAGCGGCCAAGCAAGCGGCUUUCGAAGAACAGAAUCGUAUACGUAACCAAUUCCGCGCGUUGGACGACGACGAGAUCGAGUUCUUGGAAGGCGUGCAGGAUGAGCGGAGAGAGGAGGAGGAACGAAUUAAACGUGAGACUGAGGAGAGGCUGGCUAGGUUUAGGAAGGCACAGAAGAAGAGUGCUUCUGGACCUACCGAUGAUGAUGAUGAUGAUGUGGGUGAAGGUGUUGUUAAAAGUGGUGGGAAUGAAGAUGGUGGUGUCAGCGUUGACGACCCUGUUAGCUGGGGUGCUGCGGGGAAGAAACGGAAGAGGGAUAAGGAGAGUAAGAGCAUUGUUAAAGGCGUGAAGAAGAGGGCUAGUGUGUAUGAGAAGAGUGUUGAAGUGCCGUCAGCAGCGGUGGCGGCAGUGGAAAAGAAGCCCGUGACGGAUUUCGAGCCUAAAUCUUCGACGACGGCAGAUAAGACGAAGCCUCCAGCACCGAAAGCAGCUCCGGUAAUAACUAAACCCAGCCUAGGUUUGGUCGACUAUGGCUCUGACGACGAUGACGAUUGAUUCGCAUUUACCUAAACAGAGAUUUAGGUUUUAUACGCACUGAGUUGCUUCAUCGCUUAGUGAAGCCAUCUCCAAAGUCUUAGUCUUACUAAGCGCGUGGAAGUUGAAGAGUUAUUCGCAACGAGGACAAUACUAUAUGAUUUUGCGAUACUGGCCGACUAACAGGCCUUACAAAUUAUCCUAAGGUGGAGUUUCACGAAUUAUAGGGUCACAUGUGGUAGUGGGCAGACAAGAACAUCAACUUGGAAAUCAAGCUCUGGACAU